AGGUGUCGCAGAUUGGGCGGAAGUUGGGCAAACAGCGGGCUGUGUGUCAUCGGAGCCGAUAGCCGCCUGCUAAUCUAAAACUAGUCAAACACGUACAGCUCGUAGCGCUUUCUGUUGAAAAUACAACUAGCUCCUGUGGAACAUGGACGAAGACGUGCUGACGACACUGAAACUGCUGAUAAUUGGCGAAAGCGGCGUCGGGAAGUCUAGUCUCCUCCUGAGGUUCACAGAGGACACUUUUGAUCCAGAGCAGUCAGCCACAAUAGGUGUGGAUUUCAAAGUAAAGACACUCGCAAUUGAUGGCAAUAACGCAAAGCUCGCCAUAUGGGACACAGCUGGACAGGAACGGUUUCGUACCCUGACGCCCAGCUACUACCGCGGUGCACAGGGAGUCAUACUUGUAUAUGAUGUCACAAAGCGUGACACAUUUACGAAGCUCGAAAACUGGCUGAACGAACUGGAAACCUACACAACACGCAACGACAUUGUAAAAAUGCUGGUUGGGAAUAAAAUUGAUAAGGACGACCGUGAAGUGGACAGAAAUGAGGGACUGAAAUUCGCUAGGAAACACUCAAUGCUUUUUAUUGAGGCCAGUGCAAAAACCAAAGAUGGUGUCCAGUGUGCCUUUGAGGAACUAGUGGAGAAGAUCCUCCAGACUCCAGGCCUUUGGGAGAGUGAAAACCAGGGUCAGAAGCUCCGGCUUGGGGAACAGGAGCAGGCCAGGGCCGGGGCGUGCGGAGGAUACUGCUCCAUACCCUGAAAAAUGGACAAAACGAAAAGGCACCAACCAGAUACGAAUGACCCUGGACCAGAUACUUAGAAGAUGAGAGAGAAAAAAGAGCAAGAAGGCGAUGAGUACUUUUAGAAAAACUCCGUUGUUGGGGUAGUACUGUCGGUAAAGCUGACAUUGCUGUUUGCACAUUUCCUUUUCAACCAUCAGCUAUCACAUGUCACUACUUUCUGGUUAAAACGUAGAGAAAAAAUCAGAGCCUCCUGUCUAAGGAAAUGUUGUGUUUUAAAUCAAUGUAACCAUGCCGUAUGUCAUGUGAGCACAUGUAUGGUUUGCAUUUAUGGUGUUGGCAACGGUGGUUCGGCCGUGCAUUAAGACAUCAGGUUACUAGCGUAGCACUUACAACUUUAACCAAUUUGUAGGUUAUAGUAGACAGACUGUCGAAUUUGACUCGAAAAAUUUGUGUGAGUGAUAUUGAAGUCUCCUCAAUCAGUGUCUCAUAGGCAAAAGCAUGUCCCUGUGCUUUCACUGGCUGUAAACGUCAAUUCCUACGUAGUACAAAACAUUCAACUAUACACAGCAGUCUUUAUUAAAUACAUACCAUCGAGGCAGAAGGAACUUUGUGUGCAAUAGCUUCCAUCUCAUACCAAGUUUAAUGCAGGUUGUGUUUGCAUUGCACACCACAACACUGUGAGUUCUCCCAAAGAAGACAAUUGACAGUGAAUCGUUACUGAUGGCUCUUUCUUUUCACUGUUCUAACCCAGCUGAUGUUCAUUUGAUUGUCAUUUCCAUCUAAUUCUGUCUUCAUGAUGAUACGGAUGCUUUCAAAUGAACUAAUACGCCGCGUUCAUCCCUCUGAACACACUUCAUUGUUGUCUUUAAGAAUUUCUGCAACCGAACCUAACUUAGUCUUUGCAUGUGUGAUCUGGGCCGUAACUUCCAGAGCGACAAGUAUAAGGUUUACAGUAUCGAGAGCUCUUGCAGUAAAAUAUGCUGUUUUACUCUUUUACUCUUUUCUUCUACUCUGGUGAAGUGACAAUUAGUGGCAAGUAAGUAGCCUCAGCCUGAUCCUGUAAUCUCCUUUCUCCCAUUUAUUUAGCAAGUUUCUGUCUAGUGUGCUCCAUUUCAUGUUUCCUUGGAUUCCUGAAGGCAUUUCUGGCACAUUACAGUAUAAGAACAUUCCCAAAGGUGUCAUCCUUUCCCAUCUUCAGUAUAUUACGGAUUUGGUGUUUUGUUGCUGUUUGUUGCUGUUUUCAUCUUUAAAACCAUGUCCCCCUUCCCCCUCUGAUCUUUUUUCCUGUUGCUUUUUGCUGUGCGUAUGUUUCAUCCAUACACAAUAAUAUGUUAAUCUGAUAUCUGCCUUAAUAUCGAAAAGACAUUUGCCAGAGUAAUGGUCAAUUCAUGUUUGAAUUGUUUCAAACUGAAAUAAAUGACAACCUCAAGA